AGCAACGCUGCGUUUUGUAGGUCGAUUUUCCACCAAACUGUCGUAGGCUGAGGUCCUCCACACGUUGCAAGUGGUUGCCGAAAUCAACAGCUUGAACAAGCAGGGGGGGCAUCUUGCUGAAUUUUGGAAGAAUUCACGUAAGCCUGCGUCUGUCAUCUCGUCACGUCCACGAUGAACACGUUCGAAGAAAUCGAGGAUCAGGAUGGAAUCCGGUUGUCCUGGAACGUGUGGCCCUCGUCACGGCUUGAAGCCACCCGAAUGGUAGUCCCCAUUGGAGCGUUGUACACGCCUCUGAAGGAAAGGGAAGGUGUUCAGGCCUUUGCUUACGAGCCUGUGACAUGCAAAAUGCCUUGUCGUGCGAUUCUGAAUCCGUAUUGUCAAAUUGACGUGCGUGGAAAGCUGUGGAUUUGCCCAUUUUGUCUUCAGCGGAACCAGUUCCCUCCACACUAUAAGGAUAUCUCGAACACGAACCUUCCGGCUGAACUAUUGAGGCAGUAUACAACAAUUGAGUAUAUUCUGAACAAGCCGCCCAGCUUGCCACCCAUCUUCCUUUACGUGGUCGAUACAUGCUUAGAUGAGGUGGAUUUGAAGGCAUUGAAGGACGCUCUUGUAGUCAGUUUGAGCUUGUUGCCUCCCAAUGCAUUGGUCGGGUUGAUCACCUACGGCACGAUGGCUCAAGUUCACGAGCUUGGAUACAGCGAAUGCCCGAAAUCCUACGUAUUCCGUGGUAGUAAGGAGUACAAUGCUAAACAGAUUCAGGACAUGCUUGGUUUGGGUGCUGUUCCGUCCAUGCGCCCCGGACAGCCGCAACCACGUCCCGGACAGCCGCCUGUUGCGCAAAAUAUGGGAGCUGGGAGGUUCUUGCUCCCGAUCUCCCAGUGCGAGUUCACCUUGACCUCGAUUUUGGAGCAGCUCCAGCAAGAUCCAUGGCCGGUCGCUAAUGAUAAGCGACCCCUCAGGUGUACGGGAACUGCCUUGUCUGUCGCUGUCGGGCUUCUGGAGGCUGCCUAUCAAAACACCGGUGCGAGGAUAAUGCUGUUUGCGGGCGGUCCACCUACGGAAGGGCCGGGUUUAGUCGUUGGACCGGAGCUCAGAGAACCAAUUCGAUCUCAUAAUGAUUUGGAGAAGGAUGUAGCAAAGCACGCGAAGAAGGCUGUGAAAUUUUAUGAAGCUCUGGCCAAGCGCGCAGCGGAUAAGGGGCAUGUGGUGGACAUUUUUGCCGGAUGCUUGGACCAGAUUGGAUUGAUGGAAAUGAAGUCGUUGGUUAAUUUGACCAACGGAUUCAUGGUUCUCUCGGAUUCAUUCAACACGGCCAUCUUCAAACAAUCAUUCAUCCGCGUGUUCAAUAAGGAUGCUGAUGGCUUUUUGCAAAUGGGAUUCAACGCGACUUUGGAAGUGCAGACUACCCGUGAAUUGCGAGUUUGCGGAUUGAUUGGUCCGGCGAUCUCUGCGAACAAAAAAAGCCCUUGUGUUGGCGAAACGGAAAUUGGCAUUGCAGGCACCAGUGCAUGGAAAUUCUGCGGCAUUACACCUAAAACAACGGUCGGGCUCUACUUCGAAGUGGCCAAUCAGCAACAACAAGCCUUGCAACCCGGUUCGCGAGGCUUGAUACAAUUUGUUACACUGUAUCAACAUGCAAGUGGGCAAUUCCGCCUGCGCGUUACCACCGUGGCUCGCAACUGGGCGGAAGCCAAUUCACCUGAGAUACCCGCAUCCUUUGAUCAGGAAGCCGCUGCUGUGCUCAUGGCUCGUAUCGCCAUAUUCAAAGCAGAGAUUGAUGACAGCCCAGAUGUUCUUCGCUGGCUGGACCGAAUGUUGAUUCGCCUGUGCCAAAAAUUCGCCGAUUACCGCAAGGACGACCCAACCUCUUUCCGCCUGUCCGACAACUUCUCCAUUUACCCACAAUUCAUGUUCCACUUGCGGCGAAGUCAGUUUUUGCAGGUUUUCAAUAACAGUCCUGACGAAACGGCGUUUUAUCGGCAUAUUUUGAAUCGCGAAGACGUAAAUAAUUCCCUUAUUAUGAUUCAGCCCACCCUCAUGAGCUACAGUUUCAACGGACCACCUCAGCCUGUACUCCUUGACUCCGUGUCUAUCAAGCCGGACCAUAUCCUUCUAUUGGACACAUUUUUCCAUAUUCUGAUCUGGCACGGAGAAACAAUCGCCGCGUGGCGAAAAGCCAAAUACCACGAGCAGCCAAGUUACGAAAACUUUAAACUUCUCUUGGAGGCGCCCAAGCAGGAUGCGCAAGAGCUCCUUGCGGAGAGAUUUCCCAUUCCUCGAUACAUUGACUGUGACGCAGGAGGAUCACAAGAGCGUUUCCUGAAAUCCAAAGUAAAUCCAUCGACAACACAUGUCAGCCCAGGUGGCUACGGCUAUAAUCAACAGGCGCAGGGAGCAUCGAUCGCAACAGAUGAUGUCAGUCUUCAAGUGUUUAUGGAGCAUUUGAAGAAGCUUUCAGUGUCUGGGUCGUCCUAGCGGUGAUGUACUACUAAUAUUCCGGAAAUAUAUCACACUUGCUUUGA